AUGGGGCAAAAGCUGGGGAAGAAUAAACAGUACUACGCGUUCAUUAGAUACAGAGGGGUUGGCAAUGCAAAAGAGCUGGAAAAAAGAUUGGUCGGUGUAAAAGUUGGAGAAAAGAUACUUGCAGUCAAUAUCGCCCUUCAUGAGAGAAAGGUCCCAGUAAGGAAUCAAACCCCAAACGAGCAAUAUAGGAGGAGUAAUGUCGAACAUACAGCCAUGACCCGAAACUAUGGAACAAAAACGGGGGCUAAUCUAAGGGAUCAUCGCUCGUAUGCUGACAUAUUGAAACCGGUAAAUGCAGCACAAACACAUCCCCCAAGCCCACCACCUCCGGUACCCGUCAUCCUCCACCCUGAACAGGCCACAAGUAGUUGGUUGCGAAAAAUAUCACUAGUUGGAGAAGCAGCAUCGCUAGAACACCUGGGCAAUCUUCCAAAACUCCUCCUGGAUAAGGGAGAGACAUGUGCUGAGGUGAAAUACAUUGGUGGCUUAAGAGUCUUAAUGAUGUUCGAUUAUUCCAUAGCAGCUAAGGAAUUCAUGUUUGAUGAACUUAAGUGGAAGGAAUACCUAAAGUGGGUGCGGUGGGAAAAUCAAGUCAAUUCACAUGAAGAACGUGUUGCAUGGAUCAGAGUUACGGGGCUCCCACUACACCUGUGGGGGCAGCGUAAUUUUCGGUCUAUUACCGAUAGGUUCGGGAAGACGAUAGCACCAUUUGAAGACAUUCCUCACAGAGUGGAUCUAUCCCAUGCAAAGAUCGGAUUACUAACGCACAGGAGGACUCGUAUUAACGAUGAAAUACAAGCGAUGUUUGAAGGGAAAGUAUACAAACUUGGCAUCAUCGAAUUUGACGAAGAUUGGUUUCCAUUCAAAUUCGAUCCUCCUGAAGACGGCAACAAAAAGACGGUAGGUGACGUUGAGAUGCCAGAGCAUAACGACGAAAGGGAAGAAGGGGAGAUAUGGCCGGAAAACAAUGAAAUUGAUGAUCAAGAUCUGGGGGAAUCUAGGGUUCCGACGAGUGAACCUAACAGGUCGGAGAAGGAAGCAGAAGCGUCGGUGCAAGCGAAAGUAUCGAGGGAAGAAGCUGAAUGGACACCUCGAAAUAUGGAAUUCCAAAUGGCUAACGGUCAGAUGGAACAACCCAGUCACGGGAAUGAUGCAUAUCAACUGGAGCCUAGUUCUUCAAAGUCAAAUACAAUACACGACGGGCCUGGUAACGGUCUUCCCCCACUUGGCUGUUUUGGGCCUUUUCCAUCUCCAACUAUAUGCAACGAAGCCCACACUUUCAUAUUGGGUAGGUCCAAUGGGAAAAGGAGAAGAGUAUUAAAUAAAACUCCUAGUAUUAGUCUUGUGACUGAAACGGGUGGUGAUAUAGAUCCGAUGCCACAUACUGUCCCUCUGCCGGAAUCCCUACCUAACUCCCCAAUAGAAAAUCAAAUUGACCUCAAUACCCCUCCUAUACAGCAGGCGGAGUUCAUAGAUGAAUACCCCCAAAACCUCAGACGAUCUGAAGCUAUAAAAACAGCCGAAAUAGGAAAAGAACUGGGUUUCGACAUCAACCCUGAUGACCCUAUUCUUCGGGAAGCCAUGGGAGAUGAAGGUGAGCACCGUGAGUUGUAA